GAUGUCAGCGCCCAUAAUUAGGAACAUUUGUAGCUCCCGCAGAGCUUUUUUUCACAGAACAUUAAGUUUGAAAAAGAGAUUUUCUUCAAGCAUUCAUGCUCUUAUAUAUGAUGAAUAUGGAGACCCAACAAAAGUUGUUCAGUUGGAAACUUUAAAUGAUUUACCAUUGGUGGACAAGAAAUCUAUCCGGAUAAAGAUGCUGGCCUCCCCAAUCAACCCUGCUGACAUAAAUACUAUUCAAGGUAUAUAUCCUGUAAAACCUCCUCUUCCAGCAGUAGGGGGUUUUGAAGGUGUAGGGGAGGUAGUAGAAAUAAAAAGUGGUGCUUCAGAUAUCAAGGUGGGAGACAUGGUGAUACCAGCUAUUAAUUCAUUAGGAACGUGGAGGAGCCAGGUGGUCUGCCCGUCUGACUGUGUGACCGUCCUACCAGAGGGAACGCCGCGUUUGUUUGCUGCCACGCUGCGAGUCAACACAUGCACAUCGUACAGGAUGCUGGCAGACUUCCAAGAUCUUCAAGCAGGUGACACUGUGAUCCAAAAUGCAGCCAAUAGUGGUGCAGGUCAGAUGGCCAUCCAGAUUGCUGCAGCAAGGGGGCUAAAAACGAUCAACAUUGUACGUGACAGGCCCAAUGUUGAUGAACUGAAAGCUCACUUGCAUAAUCUUGGUGCUGAUAUUGUGGUUACAGAUACUGAACUGAGAAUGUCAUCACCACAGAAGCUGCUUCAGGGGCUGCCAAAGCCUAAGCUAGGCUUGAAUGCUGUUGGAGGAAAGAGUGCAAUAAGUCUGAUGAAGUAUCUACAAAACGGUGGGACCAUGGUGACAUAUGGCGGAAUGUCAAAACAGCCGGUUACUGUGCCAACCGGAAUGCUGAUAUUCAAUGACAUCAAAGUUGUUGGGUACUGGAUGACAAGGUGGCACGAUAACAACCCAAAUAGUGUAGAAGCUGCAAGGAUGUUUGAUGAAUUAUGCCAGUGGUCAAAAGAAGGACGUCUCUGUAUUCCUCGUCAUCGACUCGUCAACAUAAAGGACUACAAAAGCGGUAUUGAGAGUGCUAUGGCAGACUUUACAACUGAGAAACAAAUUCUUGUAUUUGAUAACUGAAAGGUAUUUCUGAAUUUUGGGUAUAAGAAAACACUUAUGUACUGUUGUGGUAUUAAAUUAUGGAAAAUAUUAUUUAUUAUCAAACAAUAAUAAUCCAGUUAAAAAAAAAUUGCUGGGACAAGAUCUGAGGUUAUUGCGGCCACAACGCAUCAUAUUAACUACCAUAUCUUAUUAUUGUGCACUACAAAACUCCUAUCCUUCCCAUCCUGCCUCAAUACUGUACUUCCUAUCAAAGUGUGGUUCACUGAGCUGGAGAAAACUAGUCAUGUACUUUUAGAUUUUGUGGGUUGGAUGAGAAUCAUCGUGGAUCUAGGCCAAGGGCUUAGCCAGCGAGCCAUCCGGCUGUCAUCUGGAUGGCUAACAAUUAUUUAUGACAGCCACUUUUACCGUGACGGCUUGGCCUACUCAGCUUGGCCUAGCCUAGUUGGGCCUGGUUUACCUAUAGCAAAUACCACCCACCCCCGCUCAGUUUUUGUCUUCCAUUUUGGACGGCCUAUUUCUUUUUUUUUGGCUAAACCCAUGAUCUAAGCCAACCUUGUAUGUUUGUUACCUAGUUCUAACAAAAAAAACUAUCGAUCAGCCCACCCUCUAAGUAAGGAUCUAGGGCUUAGGUGUCCGAUGGUCCACCAUCUACAAGAGCAGAAAAUGAGAAGAAGCCUUU